UCUCCCUCUCCACCACUGCCAAACUCGACCCCCACCUCCUCCCUCCCCUGCUCCAGCACGCUCUUCUUCUCCUCUCUCUCUCUCUCUCUCUCUCUCUCAGACUUUGUUUGUUCUGAUUUUCAAACAUGCCUGAAGCUCCCAAGCUUAACACUGUUGUUAAUGGCACGGAUUACAGCCUUUCCGAGAAGAACAAAAAGGCUCUUCAGUUCAUUGAGGACGUGACGGCCAACGCCGACGACGUCCAGAAGCGUGUCCUCGCCGAAAUCCUCUCCUGCAACGCCGGCGUCGAGUACUUGCAGCGCCACGGGCUUUCUGGCCAAACUGAUCGCGACACGUUCAAGAACCUCAUUCCCGUCAUCGAAUAUGAAGACAUACAGCCCGAUAUUAAGCGUAUCGCCAAUGGCGACAAAUCCAAAAUCCUAUGCUCCCAUCCCAUUUCCGAAUUCUUAACCAGCUCCGGGACUUCCGGCGGCGAGAGGAAGCUGAUGCCCACCAUUGAAGAGGAGCUUUUGAGGAGGUCAUUGCUGUACAGCCUCUUGAUGCCAGUGAUGAACCAAUUCGUUCCGGGUCUGGAGAAAGGCAAAGGGAUGUACUUCUUGUUCAUUAAGCCCGAGGCCAAGACUCCGGGCGGGCUGGUGGAACGACCGGUUUUAACCAGCUACUACAAGAGCGCCCAUUUCAAGGACCGACCCUACGACCCGUACACCAACUACACCAGCCCGAAUGAGGCCAUUCUCUGCCCAGACUCCUACCAAAGCAUGUACUCCCAAAUGCUCUGCGGCCUCUGCCAGAACAAGGAAGUCCUCAGGGUCGGGGCGGUUUUCGCCUCGGGUUUCAUCCGGGCGAUCCGCUUCCUCGAGAAGCACUGGCCCCUCCUAUCGGCGGAUAUCCGGUCCGGAACCGUUAACCCGCAAAUCACGGACCCGUCCGUGAGGGAGGCAGUGAUGCGGGUCCUGAAACCUGACCCGAAACUUGCGGAUUUCAUAGAGUCCGAGUGUGGGAAAGAGUCAUGGCAAGGGAUCAUCACUAGGCUGUGGCCUAACACGAAGUAUGUGGAUGUUAUUGUGACUGGAACCAUGUCACAGUAUAUUCCAACUCUCGAUUACUAUAGCAAUGGGCUGCCCCUUGUUUGCACCAUGUAUGCUUCUUCCGAGUGUUAUUUUGGUGUCAACCUCAACCCUCUCUGCAAGCCCAGUGAUGUCUCCUACACCUUGAUCCCAACCAUGGCCUAUUUCGAGUUCUUACCAGUCAAUAGAAACAAUGGUCGCACCAAUUCCAUUAGACUUCCCAAUUCCCUCAAUGAGAGUGAACAGAAAGAGCUGGUUGAUCUUGUGGAUGUGAAGCUUGGCCAGGAGUAUGAGCUUAUUGUCACCACCUAUUCAGGGCUGUAUAGGUACCGGGUCGGGGACGUGCUUCGGGUGGCCGGGUUCAAGAACAAGGCGCCCCAAUUCAACUUCAUCUGCAGGAAGAAUGUGGUGCUGAGCAUUGAUUCCGACAAGACGGAUGAGGUUGAGCUGCACAAUGCAGUGAAGAAUGCGGUGAACCAUUUGAUGCCAUUUGAUGCCACAGUGAAUGAGUACACAAGCUAUGCCGACACCAAAACAAUCCCAGGCCACUACGUGCUUUUCUGGGAGAUGAACCUCAAGGGGUCCACCCCAAUUCCGCCAUCAGUGUUUGAGGAUUGCUGCCUGGCCAUCGAAGAGUCGCUCAACAGCGUGUACCGCCAGGGCCGGGUGUCCGAUAAGUCCAUUGGGCCAUUGGAGAUCAAGAUCGUGGAGAAUGGAACGUUUGAUAAGCUUAUGGACUAUGCCAUUAGCUUAGGGGCGUCGAUUAACCAGUACAAGGCGCCUAGAUGCGUCAAGUUUGCGCCCAUUGUGGAGCUGUUGAACUCCAAGGUGGUGUCGAGCUACUUCAGCCCCAAGUGUCCCAAAUGGGUUCCGGGCCACAAGCAGUGGAACAAUACAAAUUGAUCAAAUGUCCUCGGUUGGAUCCAUCAUCCAUGUCCAGAAAAAAGAACUGUUUUUGUGAUCAUCUUAUCUUAGGCAGAAAAGAAGAUGAAGAAAUUUACCCUUUUUAGGUCCCCCCCCCCCCCCCCCCCCCUUCUCUCUCCCUUUCUCUCUCUCGGUUUAAUUUUCAUUGUUUUUUUUAAAACCGUUGUUUAGCAUGAUGUAGGGCCUUGAAAUUAACCAUGUACAAAAACAGUUCCUGUUUCAAAAUCUCUCUCUCUCUCUCUCUCUCUCUCUGGUUUUAGCUAGUCGUCUUCAGGGGAUCAUUGAAAGUUCAUCUUUUGGGGUACUUUUUCUCAUAAUUCAAGGCAGAAAUUCUGCGCAUUGAACUGGGAUGUACUAAAAUGGAAAAAGGGUGCAAAUCCCACUCGGGAUUCCCUUAAUUUUUCUAUCAUAUUUUCGGGAAAAGCAAGCCAACUUUACCCCUCCUAUAAUUUAGUUCACUUGCAAUCUCUGUGUGUCUGUGGCUAAGCCAGGCGCCAGAGCUCAAGCAACUAACAGUUGUUUAUUGAGAGAGAGGGAGAGCCCCCCAUGUGUACAACUCACCUCCAAUCCAUCAAGGAAAAAGCAGUUCCAAGUGCAAGAGAUUAAUAAUGAUGUGGAGAAACAAAGGAAGAUUGAUGUUCGUCGUUAGUUGCGGUCAAAGCAAAGCAAAGCCGUGGGGGUUGGAAAAGGCCACUGACCGCACCCACAUUAACUGAAAGAAGGAUGGAGCUGCUGUUUGAACAUGGAAAACAUGAUUAGAUUGAACUGAUAGAAUGCCCACUGCUUAUGUUCAAAUUUUUAAGACCAC